AUACAACUGAAACUAAUAAUAAUGAUUAUAAUCAAUCAUUUGACUUAUCGGAUAGUUUUAUCUAUAUAUGCGGCGGACAUAAUGGGUCGGCCUAUUUGUCUACAUGUUUCAAAUACAAUAUACAUACAGGUGUUUGGGAAGCCAUACAAUCCCUGACCACUUCAAUGGCUGACCUGAGUUUGAUUUCAUACGAUUCAAAACUAUAUGCAAUCGGCGGCCAAAAUAAUAUUAUUGGAAAUUUAAAUACUGUUGAAACAUAUGAUUUACAAACAAAUCAAUGGAAAACAAUAGCACCGAUGAAUAUAAUACGACAUUACCAUGAUGCAACUAUAAUACAAAAUACAAUUUAUGUAUGCGGUGGUGAAAAUGGAAAUUAUUUCAAAUCAUGUGAAUAUUAUUCACCAAAUACUGAUAAAUGGCAUUUUGCUAAACCAAUGUCACAGGAAAGGUGUGGUCUGGCACUGGUAGCCUAUGAAGGGUUUAUCUAUGCUAUCGGCGGUCAAAAUGGUAACGACAGUUACAAUUCAAUGGAAAGAUAUAAUACAAAAACACAACAAUGGCAACCAAUGGGUAAUCUAAGAUAUUCAAGAUCAUUUUUUGGUUCGGCCAUAUUUAUGGGUAAAAUAUAUGUUUGCGGCGGUUUGGGUAAUAGUGAUAGAAAAUCAUGCGAAACAUACGAUUCAAAAACAAAUCAAUGGACACAAAUUGCAUCCAUGCGAUUGGAUAGAGUUUAUUUUAAAUUGAUUGCAUUUGAUGACAAAUUAUAUGCAUUGGGUGGCAUAACAAAUAAUACUUCAACAAAAACGGUUGAAAUAUAUGAUUAUGAAUCAAAUCAAUGGUAUUAUACGACAUCAUUGCCGAUAAAUGUUUAUGUAUUUGGGGCAACUGUUAUAACUAAAUCAUAAAACUAAUAUUUUUAAUGUACGAACAGUUA